AUGGCCUCUACACUGCCAAUACCCGAUAUCAACGUGAUAGGUCCCUCAUUCAUUCAGAGGGACUCUCAGACUUCAGACAAACCACCACCAACCGACUUCAACCAUCCCUACACUCCCUAUCCCAUCCAAACAGCCUUUAUGCAAACUUUGUACUCUGUUCUAGAUCGAACCGUCGCCGCUCCCUCCAACCCGACGACAACGACAACGACAACGAACACGAACACCGCCACUCCUUCGGCCACUUUCUCAUCAACCGCCGCCACCCUCAUCCCCAGCAGUUCCUCCAAGUCCCCAUCACCACCCCGAUUAUCAAAGACACUUCUAAAGACAAAGGCAAUGGUCCCAGCAGCAAUGUCCCCAAGCCCAAGGGCCAUGCACAAAUUGCGCUCUUCGAAUCCCCCCACCGGCACCGGCAAAUCCCUAUCACUAAUCUGCGCCUCCCUAACCUGGCUACGCAACCACAAGCGGUUACAAUUCGAGACCGAAAUCGACAAGAUCAAGAAACAAAUGGAGGCAUCAGGAGAACCGGGGUGGAUGGUAGAGAGUGCGUUGAAGAGGAAACGGGAGGAGCUGGCGCAAAGGUACGAAGAGAUGGAGAGGACGCUGGAGAGGAUAAGGGAACGGGAGAGGGAGAUGGAGAAGGAAGGGGAGGAAGGUCAUCAAGCGAGAGGUGGGAAGAGGAGGAAGUUGGAUAGGGGGAAAGGGGAUGAGGAUGAAGGGGGGAAAAAGAAGAAGGGGAGCAGCGGGGGUAGAGGGUUGACGGCUAGUGAUGAGGAUAAGGAGUUUUUAAUUGAGGAUUGGAGGGAUGAAGGGGAUUGGACGAGAAUGAUCCGAUGGAAGGGAGGAGAGGAGGGAGCAGUGGCUGAGGAGGGGAUUAAGAUCUUCUACACCUCGAGGACGCAUUCGCAGUUGACGCAGUUUAUUCAGGAGUUGAGGAGACCAGAGUUUCCUGCUUCUGUUCCAACACUCGAUGCUCACGAAGAACCGGCGAAAGAAAUCGUCAAGCAGAUUCCCCUUUCCUCACGGCAAAAACUCUGCAUCAAUCCCUCCGUCAACAAACUUGGCACCCUGGCAGCCAUCAACGAGCGGUGUCAGUCCCUUCAACAACCAAAGACACCCAAAGAACACCGAUGUCCCUAUCUACCCAACGCUGCCAACCUCAAAGCUACCCACGAGUUCCGCGACACCGCUCUCGCCACCCUUCCAGACAUCGAAGAUCUCUACCAGACCGGCAAGCAGCUAAAAAUCUGUCCAUACUAUGCCUCCCGUGCUGCCAUUCCCGGAGCAGAGGUGAUCACGUUACCAUACCCUCUCCUCCUACAGAAAAGUGCCCGGGAGGCUUUGGGCAUCAAGCUCGAAGGGAACAUCGUCAUCAUAGACGAGGCGCACAACAUCAUGGACGCCGUAUCCAACGUGCAUGCAGCUGAGAUCAAGUACACUGACCUCAAACGAGCCAAACUGUCACUAGGCAUGUAUUACCAACGGUUUUAUCAGAAAUUGAAAGGAGAAAACAGGGUCAUGGUUGCGCAGCUACAAAGGGUCGUGGAAGCUUUGGGGGUAUACAUCAAGUCAAGACUGGGCAGAGCUGCCAAGGGGCUCAAGGAGAACCAGGAAGGAGUCGUGUACGACACCAACCUUUUGCUGGCGACGGGUGGCGCUGAUCAGAUCAACUUGUACAAGUUGAUAAGGUAUGUCCAGGAGAGCAAGUUGGCUUUCAAGCUCGAGGGGUAUGCCAGUUAUUGCGAAGAAGAAAGUCGGGAUACGGAUGAUGAGGAAACUGAGAAGGAGAUCAAGAAGAGGGAGGGCAGACCACCAGUGCUCCACACCCUGUGCUCGUUCUUGACGGCAUUGACGAAUCUGAGCUCGGAGGGGAGGCUCUUCUAUGAGAAGAUACCUCCACCUAAAGGCGAAAUCCAGGAUAUGAAGCUCAGCUACAUGCUUCUCUCACCGACACACGCCUUCUCCUCGAUUGCGGAAAGCGCAAGGGCAGUCAUCCUGGCCGGUGGAACCAUGUCUCCUUUCGAGGACUAUAAAGCACAUUUGUUCCCGGACGUACCGCCAGAGAAGAUCACGACACUCAGCUGCGGCCACGUCAUCCCCAAAGAGAACCUCUGCGUCUGGACACUCGGGUCUAUUGCGCCCGAUCCAAAAAUCGACACCGGAAUCGGCGAGGACUGCUUCGACUUCACCUUCACCAAGCGCAACAACCCGAACAUGAUCAACCGCCUCGGCCUGCCCAUCUGGGAGCGACUCGAAAGCAAGAAAGCCGUCUUCAUGGACUCCAAAACCGAGUCAAGCGAGCAAACCCUGCAAAAGUACAGCGACGUCAUCCACUCCGAAGUCCGUCCCAUCUCCCCAUCCGGAACUCGGGUCAAAGGCGCCCUGUUGCUCUCGGUAGUAGGCGGCAAGAUGUCCGAAGGCAUCAACUUCUCCGACCGCCUCGGCCGCUGCGUCGUCGUCAUCGGCCUGCCUUAUCCCAACGCUCACUCACCCGAAUGGGUUGCCCGCAGGGAAUAUCUCGAAGACAACUUCAUCGAGCGGUAUAACGCCUCUCAUCCCAUAACCACAACCACACCCGCUCCCGCGCCCGUUAUCCCGCCCCCGUCCAACACUCGCCACGUGCACUCAUCCAGCAGCAGCAAAAGCAAAAAGAGAGAUAGACAUAAUAACCCGCCCAACCUCGCCAAACUCGCCGCUCGCUCCGUCAACGUCUUUUACGAAAACGCCACCAUGCGCGCCGUUAAUCAGAGUAUCGGCAGGGCGAUAAGACAUCAGAAUGAUUACGCGGCGAUUAUAUUGAUUGAUCAUCGGUAUGAGAGGGAACAUGUGCGCGCAAAGCUGCCGGGGUGGAUCAGAGAGGGGUGGGAGGAGACGCAGAGGUUGGUGAAGGAGGAUGGGAAGCCGCCCAAGGGACUGCAGUCGAUGGUGGGGAGGGUUAAUAUGUUUUUUAGGGCCAAGAGGCAGAAUUAG